AAGGUUAAUGUGAAAGCUGAAAUCACCUAGUAAAAGGUGAACACCAACACCAUACAAACUGUUGUAGUAUGAGCCACCCCUCGAUGCAUGCGCAUUGCGUACGUGCGUUCUCUUUUGCAGGCCAUAAAACGAAAAUCUCCAAAAACGCGCCCUCUGACAGCUGUCAACCCCACAAAUCAGCUGAGCUUGUUUACCGAGCCAAAUAGCAGAGGCGCUCACGGCCAGCCUUGUAGAGAUUCAAUCGAGGCCGUCACUUUGCCGAAUCGCUCGCAUUCCUUGUAUGCCCAUGCAAUUAUCAGUGCUUUCCUUUAUGCUUACUAUUUGCGUACCUUUAGAAAAAGUAAAAAACAAUCAGAGAACGACCACCGCUAGAUUAAAGACGACUGCGGCAGUUUUGCUGGAGAGUUCGCAAUAUUCUGCGGUGCGAUAAAGACGUGCACGGAAGUUUCGUUGAUAAUUUUCGGUUUUUUGUGCCACCAUAAGCGCUAGUGUAUUUCUCGUUAUUGCUGAAUUCUUGCGUAUACGUAAACACAUACACACAAAUAUAUUGAAUUGUGUUUGCCUGAAUAGUGCGUACAUUUUCUCCGUCGCAACCGCAGUUUUGCUAAAUGCUUCCGUUCGUUUUGUGAUUCCAUUGUUAUUAUUGUUGUGGAAAAUCUAUUGAUUCUGAAAAUGCCUUAAAGUUACGCCGCUCGGUUAGUUGUGAUUGAAAAGUGCAGUGCUUGGAAAAUUUAGUGUUUAUGAAAUACAUAUUUACAUGUGAGAGAGAAGUGUGUGAGAAUGUGAGUAGAAAUUCCUGUCAAUGAUUUGCUUUGAAUUAACACAAAUAAUUGUACAUAUUUGCAUAUGUAUGUGUGUUUAACAAGAAAUCUUCUUUUUUUUUAAUAAUUUGUGCGAAAUAGUUCUUUCAAUUUGCGACUUGGGGAAUGCUUUCACAGACCUAUGAACGAUAACGGAGACACGUCUCUUUGGGCUCUUACAGUCGCUUUAUAUUUCAUGUGAACGCCCCCCAAUAACAUUGAUGCAAUAUAAAGUGCGCGGCAAGAACUUUGCAUAUACGAAUUAUAAUGAAUUAUCAACCAGUACCCAACUAUUUUAUCAAUAACUAAAGUCACAAAACGAAUUUCCACAUUAAACACGAGUCCACAAAAAAUUAGAAAAAAAAAAAUCUAAUAAUAAAGGCUAGAUAUGUGAAUAAUACUCAUGACGUAGUUAGCAAGCGAAUAAAAUAUACAAACGAACUGUUUUUUGUUUAUUUUUUGUUCACUUUUUUACAUUAAAUAAUUACUUAAUAUAUAUUGUUAAAAUAAAAACGCGAAACUUCUAAAUACGAGCGAUAAUUGACAAAUUUUAAUCAAACUUAAUAACGAACUCUUGAAAGCAUAGUCGGUCGGUUAGUGCAUUAAUUGUAACCAAAAUAGUAUUUUUUAAAGACAAACAAAAAUGGCAAUGCUCGAGGCCCGGCCGUAUCGGCCUUUCAAAUCGAGCGAGGAAUACUUGGAAGCGAUGAAGGAGGACUUGGCCGAGUGGUUGAGCACGCUCUAUCCAGAUUUAAAUAUAAAUGCGGAAAAUUUUAUGGAUCGUCUAGAUACUGGAGUCGCACUAUGCAAGCACGCGAACUAUGUACGCCAAGCGGCUGAGGAUUACUUGGCUCGCCGUCAGGCCCGCAACAAAUCGAUGACGCGCUCAAUGACUUCCGGCUCGGCCGGCCCCAUUCUCGCCAUGGGUAAUGUACAUUACUUGCCAGCAGCUAAAAGCGGAACAUUCUUUUCACGCGACAAUGUGUCCAAUUUUAUAACCUGGUGCAGGAAAAGCCUUAAGAUAAUCGAGUGCCUACUAUUCGAAACAGAUGAUUUGAUUAUGCGAAAGAACGAGAAACAUGUGAUCCUAUGUCUAUUGGAAGUGGCGCGUCGCGGCGCUAAGUUUGGUAUGCUCGCACCCAUGCUGGUGCAGAUGGAGCGGCAAAUCGAUCGAGAAAUCGCCGCCGACAACAAAGCGAAUGGAAUUGGGUGUGGCACACAAACAGACAACGCCGAUGCGACUGGCACACAAACUGAGAUCGGCAUCAAUACCGAUAAUGUCGCCACAGAAACCGAUAUGUUCGACAGCGAUUCGGAGAAUGAGGACGACGACGAUAAUAGCCCGAUGCUGAUGUAUGGCCCACAACCGCAAAUUAUCACCAACGAUUUGAAGAGUUUGGAUGAGAUGGUCAGAGAUUUGGUCGAGAAGUGUACAUGUCCAUCGCAGUUCCCAAUGGUACGCGUGUCGGAGGGCAAAUAUCGAAUUGGUGAUACGAAGGUGUUAAUCUUUGUGCGGAUCCUACGUUCUCACGUUAUGGUACGUGUCGGCGGUGGUUGGGACACCCUGGCCCACUAUCUGGAUAAGCACGAUCCUUGCCGUUGCAAAGCACAGCAUCGUUCAUCAGUUGCAGCACGCCUGGUGCCACGCACCACCAACCAAACUAACGGAGGCAUUGAAUUGCACAAAGCACAAGUCAUCUAUGAGCGCUCACCGCCAUCUACUCGUAAAAUUAUUUCCAACUUCAACAAUCAGGCUGCCGGCAAUGGAUCCGCAACAUCAUCGCCUAUAUCCAACAAUAACUCAUACAAUUUGUCACCCAAUUUCGGCAAUAAUAAUAAGCAAACCAGUCGCAGUCCCACACCUCAACGUAAAUUUCUUAAUCAUCACAAUACUGUGAAUGCAACAGAUGGCGCCGUUGGAGAGAAACUGCUAACAGCAAAUGGCACAAAUGGCACUUCAACAUUGUCGCCUUCACCAAAUUUAGCACGUCGCUCCAUGUCGCCCAGCCCGCGCCGACUUAUUGACAUGCGUAAGAAGCAGAGCUCGUUGGAUUCAAGUAACGGUAGUGGUCCCAAAUCCUUGCCAAUUUGCAGUGAAACCGUCGGCAACCAUAUACAAUUCGAUGGACUCAACUAUACGGCUGGACAAACUGAGAAUGGCACUACACAAGUGGGAGCCGGCAACACGGAUGCCAGCACAAAUGGCACAAACAACAAAUUCGAAAAUAUCAGUGACAAUGGCAGUGAAAUCAGCGAUGAGGGCUAUCGCAGUCUGGGUGUGAUACAAUCAAAUGCCCAAAAGCGUGAGUCACUGCACAGUCAGGCUUCGGUGGAAGACGCUGAAAGUAAUGCGCGUCUUGAUCAGACCUCCAGUGAUUCACAACUCUCACCAGCCGAUGAUCUGACCAUAUCUAACAAGGCAGUCGAUAUACUUGGCUCCGAUUUUAACAGCACACCCAUAGAGCUGAAUAUUGAUGCCGGACCGCAGUCACUGCCAGCUGUGCUCACCACACCGGCACAAAAUUUUACACAAAUGAAUCUGGCAGAUAAUUUCGAACGAUCAGGAAUCUUUAUAACCGACGAUGAAAUCACUGUUGAUGUGGCAAAUGCCACGGGUUUGCGCAAAACUGGAUUUGCCAACAAAAUUUUCGGCGGCGAUGAUGUAACCGAUAACAGUGUCGCAACAAGUAAGGAAUCAAAAGAUAAUAAUGCAGGUAAAAGUAGUAAAAUACCACGCUCGCCAGUAGCGCCGCGUCGACGUAGCUUGGAUAAUAGCAAUUGCAGCAGCGCCAGCAUGCAGGACAUUUCGACGCGUACCGGACUGCCGGUAUUCAACCGCAAACAGCCGGUUUACCGUUCCGUACGUCGUCCGGCUACCGAGAUCAAUAGGAAUAGUGACAAUGUAUCCGCCGCGGUCGCGACGCGUAAAUCAACAACGCCACCCGUGCGUGAGGUCACAAACACUUGGAGUGGACGCGCCGCAGCCGGCAAAAAGCGCCCCACACUCAAUGCCGACACCUUCACCGCCCACAAUGGUGCCGCAACACCCAGCAGCGGCAAUGCCUUCGAACGCAACACACGCACACGCUCCUCUCAGAUACUUUACGACAGCAAUGGACGUCGCGUACGCGGUUGCACCGCCUCACUUACCACGUCGCCGGUAAAGAACUACAAUACGUCACCACUGGCACAACAACUACUCGAAGCAGCGAGCAGCGCCAAAAAUGAUGCACAAAUUUUAGAAAAAAUGAAAGUAUUACUCUCACGCUAUUCCAGCAACAGCAAUGCUGCGCCCAAUGGCAGCGUCACAAAUGCCAGAACACCAGCUGGCGGCAACAGCAACAAUAAGAAGCCCGUCUACGAGGACUUCACAUCAGCCUGGGUGCACAGCAAUGGCAAUCUGGAACGUUCCAACAGUUGUUCGCCACCCACAAAAAGUCUCUCGAAACGCAGCUCGGCCGCCUCCUCCACGGAGAGCACACAAUCACGCGAGGUGGCCUCGGUCAUUGUUUCGCCACGACGCGAUCGCGGUUUAUCCAAAAUUCCAGCACCGACACGACAACACACCGAGCUGUACUAACACACGAUGCAAAUGCCCGCCAGGCUGCGCAUACAGCAGAGGGCAAUAAUGUUGCAGCAACGAAAAAGACAAGUGUAAGAAGUGUUUGGAGGAGUGCUGGUCGAGAAAGUACCCAAUACAGCCAAGCAUUUUACCCCUUAACGUUAUUCAAGUAUGUCUGUAGGUAGUUUUAUAGUUUUCUAAGCUGUAGUGUGAAAUUUUAAAAUGGAAAGUAAUAGUUUUUUUCUGGUUAUGGCAACCGAGAAAAGUUUAGUUAUAAUUUUUAUACGAAGCUAAUUUUUAUAUGACAUUAAUUUUAUUACUGGACAGUAGCAAGUGUUGGCGAAAAGUGUGUAGAAUUUCCGUUUUUAUUUUUGAGUUUUUGUUUUACUCAAAACUCUGCUUACAACGGACAGUAAAGGUAACCGUAAUUUUUUUAUAUGAAUUCCGCUUUUGUUUGCGUGGAUAAAACACGGCUAAGCGUUUAGCUACUAUGUUAUGUUUAAUGAGCAAUGCGUACGCCACGGCGUGUACUUAUCGCGGAGAGUUUUGAAGAAAAAGCUUUUCUCACGUCAGUGAUGUGCAAUUAUGACAAGCAGAAUACUAUUAAUAUCAAAAGAAGAUAAUUUCAAAAUUUUAUAAAAAUUAACGGAAAUACCUUUUCACCAUAUAUGACUGUAUGUAUACAACUAGUAAUUAUAUAAAAAAAUAUAUAACUGUCACAAAUGCCUAAAAUAUAAAUAUAUAUGUAUGUAUACCAAAAAUAAUUUACAAACACAUGUUCAAUACAGUAUUUUCUUUAACUACACCAGUCACAAUUAGCAUAAACCAACGGGAUCUGCCACAGCAUAAUUCAUAGUUUUCCAGGAGCUUAGCACUGACAGCUUGAAACUGACAAUUAACGGCAAUAAUAUGUAUUACACUGUAAUAAUAAAAAUCAGAAAUAAUGUAAGAAUGUUCUAGGCGGAUUUCACAACAAAUUCGAGGAGCAAAAAAUAGAGGCUGGCAAAUUAAUUUAUAUUUUAUUUAUAUUUUAAUUUACUUACUUAAUACUAGCUGAUUAUAAUAGAGAUUUAAAUAUGUGUGAGCAUAUGUAUAUAUAUAUUUUUUUUAUUUAUUUAUUUUAUUUUUUAAUUUUUAUUUCUUUCAUUUUUAUAUUAUGUAUUUUUUUUUAUUAUUUACGUACUUUGUCUUCCUUAUUCGAAUAAUAAAUAUGCUGUUUGUUGUGAAUUCGCUUAAAGUGAGUGCAUAGAACAAGAUGUCGGCUACUUUAAACCGAAAAAAAUACUAAAAAAUACUCGUAAACGCAUAAAUAUGUAUGUACCAUGUAUCGAUAUAUACAUAUGUAUACUGUGGCAUAAAACAAAAAUAUAUCACAAAUAAGCACUUUUUCUGACCGCAAAUGAGAUUACUAAAAUAAAAUAUUUAAAAAAAAAAAUAAAAAAUUAAAAUAAUAAUAAUAACUGCAUACAACAUCGCUCAUCCAUUAAAAUUCUAAAUCAUAUUAAACACCAAUUCCUUAUACGUAGUAACAAAAAAAUGCAAUUAACAUAAGAAAAUCCAAAAUGUGUAACGUAACGUAAAGAAAACAAUCCGGAUCAUGGUAACCUCAAAAUUUACAAAGCUUUUUUAAAUUGUAGUCACAUAAAGUUUAAGACUCUUAAUCCAAUUUACAUAACUACACAGCAUAGUGAGUGCAAUUUUAAAGCCAGUAGUGGGCAUACAUACAUACAUAUAUAAAUGAAUAGAUUUUAAAUAAAAUAAAAAAAUAGUUUUCUAGAAGUUUUUACAACCAAAUAUAGAGGAAGCAAAAAAGCAAUUAUUAAAUGAAUAAUAAGUAAUGGUAAAUAUUUUUGUAAAUUCACACAGACACAUAUGCAAUUGAAAUGAAAUACAAUAUGUACAUACAUACAUAUAUGCAUAACAGUAGCUGCAGGUAUGUUUGUAGUUAUGCUUAUUAAGUGAAGUUGCUGGAAAAGUUUAUAAUUUUUGCUUUGUUGUAAGGACUUUGCAUGAAUGCACGCGCCACAAAGUAACAAUUAAUGAUUUAUUGUAAAUAUGCUUAGCGAAAUAAAUGUAAAAAAUAUAAUAUUGAGUAAAUAUGUCUUAAUAGUGGCAUAUGAGAGACGUAUUUGUGUAUUUGAUGAAGUAAUAAUUUAUUUUUUUUUUGUCUAAAUAGCUUAAGUUGCGUUAUGUAUGCAUUUAUAGAAAGAAUUCGAUUUUCUUCAAACAAAAUUUUAAAUUCAUGUAACAUCUAAAAUUAUAAACACUUACUUUUGUUAAAGUUUUUUCAGUUGAGAAAAAAAAUAUUUUUAUAAAAAAAUACCUACUUACACUUUUUGCGUUGAAAAUAAAUAUUUUGAUGGAAAAAAAUUCUAUAAUUUUAGUAAAAAUUAUUGCAACUUAAAUUUCGAGCACAGAAAAUCGUACUUCUCCGAACAUAUACUUAAAAACACGAAUAAAAUAACUGUUAGUAUAUACUACAACACAUAUACAUAUACAUACAUUAUAUAUAAUAUAAAAUUAAUUAUAUAUAACUUAACAAAUAUGCUUUUGUACUUCUGUCUAGGUAUGUACAUGUGUGUAAACACAAAAAUCCAAUACAUAAUCACAUUUAUUGCAAGCGUUGCAAAUUGGUGCUUUGUGCCGCGGACUUUUAUCCAAAGGCAUAUCAACUAUUUUAUUGUAUGAAAUGAAAUAAAAUAUAAUUUAUAAAUUCAUAUAGUUAUCAAGAAGCUAACUAUAUAGCUAUACUAUGCAGUUAAUAUGUACAUUAAAAAAAUUUUGUCUAACUAAAUACGAGCACAUACCUGUAGACCUAGCUGGUCUGCUAUGUUGCGCCCACUAAAAUACUAUAUAAAUGCUUAAUAUGCAUAUUUUUUUUACAAAACUGUUUAAAAAAAUUUUAUUUCAUGUUUUUUUACAAAACUGUUACAAUUUGUUUUUAUUAUUAAUUUUUUUUUUCUGUUAAACUCGAAGAAUAUUUUUGUUUACUAUCGAAAAAUAUAUUAUAUUACUUUCAUUAUUAUUUGAUUUCGAACGCAGAUACAUAUGCUAAGCCGACCUUUGAAAUGUUUAGAGCAGUUAUAAGAAAUACCUAACAAUAAUCUCACUACAAACAUACAAGUUAUGGGCAACACUGUAAAACUACCAUAAACUUCAAAAAUGGAUUGUAUAUA